AUGGGAAGUGCCUUGAGCAGCGCCAUUCAAAGCAGCCUGAGCAUGUGCUGCAGUAAAAAUGUCUAUCAGAUUCGGGUGGCGGGUCCUGCCCAGGCAGGAAAGACGUCCAUCAUCAAGUGGAUGAAGUACAGGCAAUUCUUCAAGCUGACGCCCACUGAGGGCCUAGAAGUCGACCGAGUCGACUAUCCCGACACCGCCCUUGUCAUGUGGGAUACGCGGCAACACUUCGAGGAUAUGGUCCGUCCACAUCACCUCGAUAUUAGAGGAAUUAUCUACGUCGUGGAUAGCUCUGAUCCCGGUCGGCUGCGAAUCGCAACUCGGGCGCUGGACAGGCUGUUGCGCGAUCUCCCCGACGCCGGCGUCCUUUUGGUCUUCGCGGCGAAGCAGGAUCGGCCUGGGGCUAUGCCCGUAGCAGACAUCCAGCACCAGCUGCAACUCCAGCAGUUGGUUGACAAAGAGUGCGGCGUCUUCGCGUGUAGCGCUAAGACUGGCGAAGGGAUUGACGAAGGGAUCGCAUGGCUGGUGCGGCAGCUACGACAACAAGACGGCACGGGAUGCUGCUCCUCUGAUCAAGCAAUACCUUGUUUUUUGCAGCAGGUGCCGUCGUGA